AUGUGUGAUUAUACCCAAGUACACUACAAGUGUUCCCAUCUCCGCUACACAGUGAGAGCGUGGUGUACAAGAUAUCAGGAGACGCAGAAACGGUGCCAACCCAACGUGGUCGCAAUAGAAUACCGACUCGACGAAAAUUGCGGUCCGUCCAAGAUGUCCUCUCCCAGCAUUGCAUAG